UUGAUCAUAUCUCUAAAUAGAAAAAAUACAAAUUUCUCUCUCUCUCUCUCUCAUUAUUACAUCUCUCUCUCUCUAAAAAAUUCUAUCUCUGUCUCUCAUCGAUAUAUUCUUAAUCUCUCUCUCUCUCAUAUUCUGUCUCUCUCUCUCUCUCUCAUAUAUUCUGUCUCUCUCUCUCUCAUAUUCUGUCUCUCUCUCAUAUUCUGUCUCUCUCUCAUAUUCUGUCUCUCUCUCAUAUUCUUAAUGAGGACAAUAGAAGACCGUUUUCAUAGUGACUUUUUAGGUGAUCGUAGAACAGAUGCCUCCACCUCUGCACAUGUGUCCCUAUGCGUUGUGGGCCGUCCUAUCCACGGUUUGCCCUUAAGAGAUCCCACGACAAGCGGAUAUCUCUUUUUGCCUGUAGACGACAAGCGGAUAUCUCUUUUUGCCUGUAGACGACAAGCGGAUAUCUUUUUUGCCUGUGACGACAAGCGGAUAUCUCUUUUUGCCUACGACAAGCGGAUAUCUUUUUUGCCUGUGAACGACAAGCGGAUAUCUCUUUUUGCCUGUAGACGACAAGCGGAUAUCUCUUUUUUGCCUGUAGACGACAAGCGGAUAUCUCUUUUUGCCUACGACAAGCGGAUAUCUCUUUUUGCCUGUAGACGACAAGCGGAUAUCUUUUUUGCCUGUAGACGACAAGCGGAUAUCUCUUUUUUGCCUACGACAAGCGGAUAUCUCUUUUUGCCUGUAGACGACAAGCGGAUAUCUCUUUUUGCCUGUGAACGACAAGCGGAUAUCUCUUUUUGCCUCGGAUAUCUCUUUUUGCCUGUAGACGACAAGCGGAUAUCUCUUUUUGCCUGUAGACGACAAGCGGAUAUCUCUUUUUGCCUCGGAUAUCUCUUUUUGCCUGUAGACGACAAGCGGAUAUCUCUUUUUGCCUGUAGACGACAAGCGGAUAUCUCUUUCCAACAAGACAAAGAAGAAAAGAAAAUAGAAGAGUUUCUGACUUUCCUUGCCUUUUCCUCUCUCUCUUUCCUUGUCUUUCCCUGCCUUUUCCUCUCCCUCUGUCCUUGUCUUUCCCUGUCUUUUCCUCUCUCUUUCCUUGUCUUUCCCUGUCUUUUCCUCUCUCUCUUUCCUUGUCUUUCCCUGUCUUUUCCUCUCUCUCUUUCCUUGUCUUUCCCUGCCUUUUCCUCUCUCUGUGUCCUUGUCUUUCCCUCUCUGUGUCCUUGUCUUUCCCUCUCUGUGUCCUUGUCUUUCCCUCUCUGUGUCCUUGUCUUUCCCUCUCUGUGUCCUUGUCUUUCCGUGUCUCUAUCUCUUUCCCUCCUUUUUUUUUUCUUCUUUUUCGGCAGUCGACAAUGGCGAACAUUAAACAUUUGGAAAGACGCCACUUGCAAAAAUCACCUCGCCACUCAAACGUCUUCUUUGCUGUCUCUUCUAUCUCAGUUUAGUUCGCCAACACAUCUUCCACACACUCAAUUUUUUUUCUGUCUUUUGUUUCUUCUAUCUUCCAUAUUUGAGAGUGAUUGUAAUGUCUUCUGCUAUUACAAUAAUCUAUUUAUUGAUCAAUCAAUAGGUUUCUUUCUCUUUCUCCCUUUCCACAUGAAAUACGUGUUUCUGUGUAUAUCUUUCACCUGCUUCCGAAGCAAAUUUUCCUUCCAUUCUAUUCUGCUCUGCUCUUCCUCUCUCUCCUCCUCUCUCUUCUCACCCCUCAUCCUGGUCUCUCCUCACCCUCAUCCUGGUCUCUCUCUCACCCUCAUCCUGGUCUCUCUCUCUCACCCUCAUCCUGGUCUCUCUCUCUCACCCUCAUCCUGGUCUCUCUCUCUCACCCUCAUCCUGGUCUCUCUCUCUCACCCUCAUCCUGGUCUCUCUCUCUCACCCCUCAUCCCUGGUCUCUCUCUCUGGUCAUCCUGGUCUCUCUCUCUCACCCCCUCAUCCUGGUCUCAUCCUCUCUCUCACCCCUCAUCUCUCUCUCUCUCUCUCUCUCUCUCUCUCUCACCUCAUCUCUCUCUCAUCCUGGUCUCUCUCUCUCUCACCCCUCAUCCUGGUCUCUCUCUCUCUCUCUCUCAUCCCCUCAUCCUCAUCCUCUCUCUCUCUCCCCCUCAUCCUGGUCUCUCUCUCUCCCUCAUCCUGGUCUCUCUCUCUCUCUCCUGGUCUCUCUCACCCCAUCCCUCAUCCUCUCUCUCUCUCUCUCUCACCCCUCAUCCUGGUCUCUCUCUCUCUCUCUCCCUCAUCCUGGAUCUCUCUCUCUCUCUCUCUCACCCCUCAUCCUGGUCUCUCUCUCUCUCUCCUCAUCCUGGUCUCUCUCUCUCUCUCUCUCACCCUCAUCCUGGUCUCUCUCUCUCUCACCCUCAUCCUGGUCUCUCUCACCCUCAUCCUGGUCUCUCCCCUCAUCCUGGUCUCUCCUCUCUCUCUCUCUCACCCCUCAUCCUGGUCUCUCUCUCACCCCUCAUCCUGGUCUCUCUCUCUCUCAUCCUGGUCUCUCUCUCUCCCACCCCCUCAUCCUGGUCUCUCAUCCUCUCUCUCUCACCCCUCAUCCUGGUCUCUCUCUCUCUCCCCUCAUCCUGGUCUCCUCCUCAUCCUGGUCUCUCUCUCUCUCUCUCUCUCUCUCCCUCUCAUCCUGGUCUCUCUCUCUCUCUCUCUCUCUCUCUCUCUCCCCUCAUCCUGGUCUCUCUCUCUCUCCACCCUAUCCUCUCUCUCCCAUCCUGGUCUCUCUCUGGUCAUCCUCUCUCUCUCACCCCUCAUCCUGGUCUCUCUCACCCCUCAUCCUGGUGUCUCUCUCUCUCACCCCUCAUCCUGGGUCUCUCUCUCUCUCACCCCUCAUCCUGGUCUCUCUCUCUCUCAUCCUGGUCUCUCUCUCUCUCUCUCACCCUCAUCCUGGUCUCUCCCGUUCUCUCACCCUCUUCCCUCUCUCUCUCUCAUCCUGGUCUCUCUCUCUCCACCCUCUCCCUCUUUCUCCACCCCUCAUCCUCCCUCUCUCUCUCUCAUCCUUUCCUUCUCUCUUGUCUCUCCUCAGGCGCGUUAGAGCAUUAUCGCCUCUUCUUCCCAUUCCUUUCUUUUCUGUCUUUUUUCUUUCUUUUCUGUCUUUUUUUUCUUUCUUUCUUUUCUGUCUUUUUUUCUUUCUUUCUUUUCUGUCUUUUUUUCUUUCUGUCUUUUUUCUUUCUUUUCUGUCUUUUUUUCUUUCUUUUCUGUCUUUUUUUCUUUCUUUUCUGUCUUUUUUUCUUUCUUUUCUUUUUUUCUUUCUUUUUUCUGUCUUUUUUUUUCUUUUUUUUUUUUUUUUCUUUUUUUCUGUCUUUUUUUUCUUUUCUUUUCUUUUCUGUUUUUUUUUUUUUUUUUUUUCUGUCUUUUUUUUCUUUCUUUUUGUCUUUUUUUUCUUUUUUCUGUCUUUUUUUCUUUCUUUUCUGUCUUUUUUUCUUCUUUCUUUUCUGUCUUUUUUUCUUCUUUCUUUUCUGUCUUUUUUUCUUCUUUCUUUUCUGUCUUUUUUUCUUCUUUCUUUUCUGUCUUUUUUUCUUCUUUCUUUUCUGUCUUUUUUUUCUUUCCUUUCUGUUUUUUUUUUUUUUCCUUUCUGUCUUUUUUUCUUUCCUUUCUCUGUUAUCCACAUUUCAUCUUGACACCGACGUUUCCUUUUUUUCUUUUUCUUUUCUCCUCUCUCUUUUUCCUUUUUGUCUCUCUUUUUCCUUUUUGUCUCUCUUUUUUUCUUUUUUGUCUCCUUCUUUUUUGUCUCCUUUUUCUUUUUUGUCUCCUUUUUUGUCUCCUUUUUCGUUUCCUUUUUCUUUUUUGUCUCCUUUUUUGUCUCCUUUUUCGUUUCCUUUUUCUUUUUUGUCUCCUUUUUUGUCUCCUUUUUCGUUUCCUUUUUCUUUUUUGUCUCCUUUUUUUGUCUCCUUUUUUGUUUCCUUUUUUUUUUUUGUCUCCUUUUUUGUCUCCUUUUUUUGUCUCCUUUUUGUCUCCUUUUUUUUUCUCCUUUUUGUCUCCUUUUUCUUUUUUCUCCUUUUUUGUCUCCUUUUUCUUUUUUCUCCUUUUUUGUCUCCUUUUUCUUUUUUCUCCUUUUUUGUCUCCUUUUUCUUUUUUCUCCUUUUUUGUCUCCUUUUUCUUUUUUCUCCUUUUUUGUCUCCUUUUUCUUUUUUCUCCUUUUUUGUCUCCUUUUUUUUUUUCUCCUUUUUGUCUCCUUUUUUUUUUUUUCCCUUUUUUUGUCUCCUUUUUCUUUUUUCUCCUUUUUUGUCUCCUUUUUCUUUUUUCUCCUUUUUUGUCUCCUUUUUCUUUUUUCUCCUUUUUUGUCUCCUUUUUCUUUUUGUAUCGUUUUUUCUUAUUUUCAUUUCCUUUUCUUUUAACUUUGUGUAUUUUUCUCUUUCGCUUAUAUUUCGUUUUUUAUUGUUUUCUUCCUUUUUCUUUUUUUCUUGUUCCAUUUUUAUCCGUUUUCCUUUUUUUACUCCUUUUUUUUCUUCUUUCUUUUUUCAGUGUAAGAAUGAGGGUUGA